GUUUGUGGGUGUGAUCAUCGGAGUCCAGGCUGCAAGGCUCCGAAGCUGCUGAUCCACAAUGCUUCGUGUCACUACUGCCUCCCUGUGCACUUACUGCCAGAGGAUGAGGCUCCUCAUCCCUCCCUCCGCCUCCGCCUCCGCCUCCACAGUGACGUCUCCCAACAAAAGACCGGAGAACCAGCUCACAGUGGACUCCCUCUAUCAGCUGUCAGUGGACAUCCGAAAGGUACGCAAGUUCAAGGGCUGGGUUCUGUCUGAGGGCUCUGCGUACGUGUCUGAAACCGCUGACCUGCUGAGGGACCUGGGCGCGGAGCCGACAGCCAUCGCACGCAUCCUGGAGACUCACCCCGAAGCCGUCCUGUGUCGGCCGGAGGACGUUGCCGCCCAGCGAGACCUCUGGGUGUCCGUGUGCCCCAACAAGCGUGAACUGAUGAGCAUCAUCGAGAAGUUUCCGGCUUCUUUCUUCACGUUAACUCACCAUAACAACCAGCGGGCCAACAUCCUCUACCUCCAGAGCCUCCGCCUUAGCAACAGGAUCAUCGGGAAGCUGAUGGCGAGCGCGCCGCAGAGCUUCAGUCGACCUGUGGAGCUGAACAAAGAGGUCAUCCACACCUUGAGGGAGACCUACCUGGACCUGGGUGGACAUGAGGGCAACCUGCGCGUCUGGCUGCAGAAGCUCCUCAGUCAGAACCCGUACAUCCUGCUGCGGCCGGCUGAAGCCUGGAGGGACAGUCUGGGCUUUCUGAGGGAGCAGGGCUUCACCACCGAGGAGCUCCUCAGCCUGGUCUCCAGCCUCCGAGCCUCCAUCGCCGAGCUGCAGCCAGGCGCCAUGGAGCAGGCGCUGGCCUACAUCGAGGGAGCGCUCGCCUGCUCCAAGGACGAACUUAAAGAAAUAGUGAUCCGCUGCCCGGCCAUUUUGUACUACUCCUUGCCCACUCUGGUGGGGCGGUUCCAAGGGCUGAUGGAUGUCGGGGUGUGCAUGGAGCAGGUGAAGGAGUCUCCGAACGUCCUGGAGCUCACCACGCAGAUCGUGCUUUAUCGCAUCCAGAAGCUGGCGUCCUACGGGUACGAUGUGCGUUCUGGCAGCCUGGACGUUAUCGUGGGAACUAAAAAGGACUUUGAGACGACUUACGGCAGGCUGCAGCUCAGGCAGCAGCGGCCGCUCUUCAACCCUGUCGCUCCUCUCAGAUCUGCUGAGGACUGAAGAUCAGAAUUUGUUGAAAUGCUGAAAUAUACAAAAAGGGUUUGUGGUGGAAAGAUUUUGUGAAUGUUGUUUGAUGCUAAUUUUGGGUAGGGGUUGACUACUUCUUCUGCGUGCAAGAAACACAAAGAACACAGUCAGUUUGAUACUGAAGCUCCUUCAAUACAGUACUUAUAGUACUGAGAACAACUUUAUUAUGAAACUAAGACGUUUCAGCCUGCGGCCUUUAUCAGCAGUUUUUGAUUUGAUGCUGAGGCACAGCUGAGGACUCUUAUGAAGAUAUGACACUGUGACAACCAAGUAUUGUAUUUUAUGCAAAAACUAUGUCAAGGAAUGUAACAACAAGCGUUGAAAUGGUGAUUAGGUAUGGGACAAUAUGAAAAUGUUAUGUCACGAUCAUCCUGGCCUAAAUAUUUGUGAUUUAAGGUUUACAAUGUUCAUCAAAAUGUUUUUAAAACUCUGAAAAUGGUACUAAAACAUACCAUAACUGCUCAACCUUACCGAUAAACCUUUGAUACCUGAGCAAAGCCCUGAUUUCUGUAAAAAAAAAAAAAAAAAAUGAGGAAAGGGUGACGAGUAACAAAUAGAAAGAAAUAAGUGAAAAGUUACAAGAAAAUUACGUGAAAAUAAGCACAC